AUGAUGCACCUCCACAACGGGGCGCGCCUCGUUGCGGCGAUAUGGCUGGUGUUCACUCUGUUCCUACCUGACGGAGUGUACGGAGGAGUCAAAAGCUUUGAGCCAAAACAACACGGUCAAUCAGCCAAGCAGCGAAGACGGUUGCGGAAUCACCAGGAAGUGGUACAACUACCUCAAAGGCGCGAUCGACGACAUUCUUCGCGCACAAACUCGUACAAGCACGAUCCUGAACACUACCCGAAAUAUCUGUCCGGAUUCUAUGGGUACAAUGACCAUGAGCAUGAAGACAGUUCUACUGAUGAGGAUGAAUAUGCGACGCACUUUCCCACCUAUUCGGUCACCUCUCUCCCAGCCCAGGAAGAAGAACAUCACCGAGACUACUAUUAUGGCGAGGAAUAUUAUGCUGCACACCAAGGCGAUGAUUACUACCAAUACAAUUCCAAGAGCCAGCGCCAUCAGCAUCAUACCGACGAAUACCUUGACUAUUACCACAAUUAUUACGACGAACACCAUCCCCACGAUGCAGAGACUGAACAUGCAGAGUACCAUCCAGAAACAGAAGAAUCGAUUGUGUACACUUACACUGGUGAAAAUGGCAAGCACAAGAAGGGUGGAAAGAAGUCAGGAGCCAGAAAGCACGGCGGAUACUCCAAGAGUCACCACAAGUCAAAAGGAAGGAAAAGCACAUAUUACGACCAGUAUGCUGUGGAGGAGGAAAUCUUGCAUGGAGACAUACACAAAGAAACGAUUCACGAAGCAGAAGAGGCUCCUGAAUAUGAUAAUGAGUACGAACAGGUGCAUCACGAGAUCCAUCAGGGACUCCUGGGACCCAUUCCUGAUACUGUCCACGAACAGCUUCACGGCUUAAUUCUCGAAGAAGCCGGGGAAACCCAGGUGCCGGUCAGCGACGAUGAACAUCAUCACUAUCCGUAUUCCACCGGAGGCAGUGGGGGGCCCAAAGGGUAUCACUAUCACAGCGAGGAGUCAUCAUCCUGCAGCAAAGGGAAAACAGGCGGCAAUCUUCGUAUGGGCAACAGGAAGCGAAAAAGGGGCCAGCACAACUACUAUGAAGUCGUUGAAGCAGAUAGCGACAUUGGGUGCGCUUCCAAAUCCAAGCGGAGCAAGGGGAAGUAUACGACAAACAGGAGGUCCUCGAAGGGGUCAAAAGCAAAGGUAUAUUAUGGUUAUGGUAUGAAGUACAAAUCAUCUACAUCAAGGAGUGAGAUGGGGAACGAAACAGAACCUACCAGUAUUCCAUUCGGAGAAAUGACUCCCGUCCCUUCCGCUGCAGGAGACUUCCAACCGGUAAUGCGACCUGAUUCAGGCGACGAGGCUCCCGCAUCGACUGAUACUGAUUCUGGUGAUGGUAUGGCCCCCGUUGCAGAUCCUGGUGUUCCUGGUCCCGAUGACGGGAUGGCCCCUGUUGCUGGUCCUGAUGAUGAGAUGGCCCCGGUUGCCGCCCCUGAUGAUGUGAUGGCUCCUGUUGCCGCACCUGCUGAGGAUGUCGUAACUGAUGAGCCGACGGUAACCCCGAUGGAAAACGGAACGGAUGAAGAAGUCGGCGCUAGGCAGCACACAAUCGCACAGAUUAGAGUUGAAUAUCUCCCAUUUGGAAUUCUUUAUGACAUUCCCCGCGACGGAACACCUACCAAAGAACACUUUGAAGAUGCCGCAGACGUCACCGAGCAGUGCAUUGACAACUACUUCAGACGAAAAUACGGCCCCGAGUCCACAAGCAUAUACCUGUUUGGAGAAAUUGAUCAGGGACCCCAAACAGGCAUCAGCCCCAGCAGCGGGGCCUUCAGUGACUAUGGAGGCUCUGCGACCUUCUUGGGCACCGCAGUGAUCCCCAAGCCGGAGUCCCUUGAUGUGUCCAUCGGAGAAGCGCUUUCUGGAUAUGAAUUGGUUUCCUGCAUACGCUUGUUUCGAGGCUUGCCACCCGAAAAUGUGUUCUCUGAAGUAAAGAGCGUUAGGAAGGUCGAGUCGUCAACAACACGGGCGUCUCCGGCGAGACAGAGUGCUGGACGUUCUGGUUCGAGAUUUACCAUCCAACGAGGCAUCUACAUGAUUGCCGCGUUUGGAAUGCUUGGAUUACUUCUAGCUGUGGGUGUCAGAAUGUGGUUGGGGUCCAGACGGAAACUGGCGGCAGUCAAAUCCGGGGUUUACUUUGGAGGCGACGACAUACUGUUGGGGGACAGCCACAAUGCCUAUUUGGAAGAAGAAGAAGAAGAGCGGUGA